AUGGCUAAGAACGUAACACGUAUUGAGAAUCUCAUCAAGAAGUUGAACAAAAAUGAUUUUUGUAAAGUCCUUAGCUCAUCCAUACGCUCACGAUUAGCCAACGAGACCGAAUCGACGGAUAUUGUGGUCUCACUUCGCGAGACAAUUGCAGAAGCCAGUAUCUCUACACCAGCACCGACACCAGAACCAACACUCGCUGCCAACGGCGAUCAAGACUACGACAAAACAUCGGUGGCAAGUCGCUCCAGCUCAUGCGAGCCAUGUAUUUCUCCUCAAGAGAGCGGAGCCGACGGUAAACGUUCUGAACUGGCCAUCCCCGCUGUCUCUGACGAAGGGAACCUCGACGAUUAUGGCCAGUGCCAUGGGGAUAGGAAACGACGAAAGACCUGCACUCACAGCAGUAGUGGCCUUGUCACUAAAUCGAAUAUGAUCAAACCGGAUCUCGGAGAGGAUCUGUACGAUUUCUGGGCACUUUGCAAGUCUCUACGAAAUAGGACUCGCGAGCAGGAGCUCAUUCAACCACAUCUACCUUGGGUGGAACAGCUGCCAAAGCUCUUUGAUAACGCAGAAAAAAGGUGUCGUGACGCUAAAAGCAGACUAGCUUUCAACACACUCGAAUGGCGACUUCUAGCGAUCGAUGUCGCAAAUAUUUAUGUACAGGAGAAAUCUCAUGAAGAUAACCGGCGGUCUACCUGGCGAGCUAUGGGAUAUAAAAUUCACGGCGCUCGUGACACAACGCUGGACUUGUUGACUGCGCGCAUCUUCGGUGCCGGCGUCAACAUGUACAAGCUAAGUGAUAAAGAUCCGAGGAGGAAAAGAGUUGAGUCUUGGCUGCGGAUCGGUUGCCCCUUGCUCACAUUUACAAAGCAUUUUGGGUUUGCAGGCCUGAUAGCACCCGGGAUGCGUAUAAAGCAGACUACUUUCAAGGCCCAGCGAGCUGGUCAACUGGAGACUCCAUUUGUCACUUAUCUCAUCAACACUUUCGAGAGCUCCAAGGAAGAGCUUUCGGGGUUUUCAGAGAUUAUGGAGAAGUGGAUCAGGACAUUAGAGCCCCCUCCUCUACCUCUCAUGAUUGAAAGCCUCAGUGAGGUGUCAGUGCGUACACAGUCUGAUCUGUCACUCGAGCACUGGGGGCAGCCAGACGCCGCUCUUGUCGGCGGUGUCACUGAUGGUUAUGGUUUUGAUGCGUCUGACUUCUGCCAGUAA